AUGUCCGCCUCGCGCGUCGUCGAGCGCGCGCGCGCGGUGGAGGGUUGGACCGUGACGUCGACGACGACGCCCAUCGUCCGUCAGGAGCGCGCGCGGGCGAUCGAGCGCGCGACGGGGGCGCCGACGACGCCGGAGAUGUUGUUUGACAGCGCGCUCGAGCUGGUGCACGAAAAGAGCGGUGUGUCGCUGCGGUUCGAGGCCGAGGACGCGCUGCGGGCGUGGCGCGCGCAUGGAUUACCCGCGAUUCAAGUGGCGGCGGCGCGGGCGUGA